GUGUCUUCAUCCGACACUCAACGAAUGUCACACGUAAUAUUUAGCACAUAUGACCCCUGGGUAUCUAUGGAAAAUUUAUCUACAAUGAAAAUGUUUAGAAGUACAUGAUUUUCCUCUUCUUUGCGACCAAGGCGAUUAAUAAGGAUUCCCUUUGCAUUCACUUCGCAUGCAAGAAAGGGUGGGAAAAAUUCCCGGGUACUUCCCCCGUCGCGUAUUCUAAGCGCGAAUUUUAUUUCUGGAGUCUGGAAGUCAAUGUGCGACUGCGGCUACAAAGCUAAGCAAAAAAAAAAAUAAAAAUAAAAAAGAGUUUAGUUAAUUCAACGAUAAGUUCACAUAACUGAAGUUGUAGAAUGGAUACAGACGCCGUUCCUACCAGUGGUUGGAUGAUCGCAAAAGGAAUUCCUGGAGACGGCAACAAUAUGCCAAAUAUAAUUUAUACUUGCUAUAACAUGCUAGUAAACACAAUUAUGGAUACAAAAUGUGAUGCUUCAAUAUAUUGGUACAAUAAAGAAAUAUAUGUGUGCCUCAGCAAAGUUCUUUCUAUGCUCACUGGGGAAGAUUUUACAAUACCAGAAUCUGAGAAAGUCAUUUCACAUCAAGAUGUCUUAUCACUUUUCAUUGAGAUAGGAAAGAAUGAAACAUUAACUUGCAAAAUAUUCCAUGCAUUAAAAAGUUUGAGUAUUUGUACUUUGGUUAUUUGGAUGUUAAAAUCUGUGAAUGAAGACAAAUUACACCAAGAUCAUUUUGAAAAAAUUUCCAAUGCUUUGACAACACCACCCUUUGACUGUAUAAUUGAGGAUUCUGUUUGUAAAUGGUCAUCGAGGGAAACUCUACAUGUGUUGUUUCAUCAAAUCAAUGCUUCUGAUUUGGAGAAAAUUGAAGAACAUCCAGAUGAUUUGACUCAAUACAAAGCAUAUGUUGCUGGAUUUACUGAGUAUAACUCUGGAAAUUAUGAAAACGCUCUGCAACUUAUGCAAACUUUUACAAAAAAUACUGAAAAAUAUAGCUCAGGUCUUUUGCAACUUAAUCUUGCCAAUGUAUUCAACUUAAUUGGAUGUUGUUAUGCAAAUCUUGGAUUGGACCAUACUGCAAUUUUGUAUUUCAGAAAAGCCAUACAAUGUGAGGACAAUCAUUUUGCUUGCCACCUAAACAACAUUAAAAUAUUGUAUUGUAAAUUAGGAAAUUUGGAUGCUGCUUCUCAAUUAAUGGAUAUGCUUGUAUCAUCAUUCGGUAUAGAAAGGCCAGAAAGGACCACAAAUCAUAUUUUAUUACUACACUCUAAAACAUAUGUAGAAAUCGCUGUAUUGUCUAAUAUCUCACACUGGGGUUGCCAGAGAACUACAAAUGAUUCAAUUUCAGCGAUAUAUGUUGCUGCAAAGACUAGCCUUCGUGCUGAGCAUUAUCAGAAAUCUGCUAUGUACUAUGAUAAGAUCUUAAGUGAGCAAAAUAACACUUUGUCGCUGGAAAACCAAAAAAUAAAAACCCUGUCGUUACCAUCGGAAGAACAAAUUCUAGCUGAGAGAGAAUUAGCUCGCAGUGGAGACAAUAGUGAGGUCAAUGAGGAGGACAAAAAUGAAUUUGCAAAAAUGAAAAUGCAUUUUACGCAGCUUUUAAACAAACUCGACAACUUGUACUCGAACCUAUAUACAAAUUGUGAAAACGAAUUAUUGAAGGAAUUUAUUAACACAGCACGAACCCUUUAUUAUUGCCUCUGUUAUACUUUAUGCUAUUCAAAACGAUUUGUAAAUAAUGCAGAGGAGGAAAAUAUAAUUCGUUCUCAUCUUACCGAGUUGGAAAGAUUUGAAAUUACAAACUACUAUCCUCUACAUUUGGAUGAAUCAAACCUGGAUAAAAAUCUUCUUCAAGAUGCGAAAAUUAUUUUAGGAUAUUUAAAUGAUGUUCGAGCAAAACUUCUGUUGAAUAAAGUGAUUAUGUUAGUCUGUAUUGACAAGAAUGCAGAAACGUUUCAAGUGCUACAAAAUGUUCUAAAAUUGGCACCGCAAGAUAUAGAAAUAAGAUGGAAGCUCACUUUAAUGCUGUGGAAACUUGGAUACAAAAAUGAAGCUUGUAAAACGUGGAUGAAAACAAGAGCACUUGAUUACAGAAUGACUGCAAAACAGAUUAUGCAAACUGUAUCUGAAAGACCAUCAAAGGAAACAGGAGAACGAGAAAAAAAGCUUUAUCAGAGAGAUGUAGCAAUUCUAAAGGAACUAUACACAAGUAAACAGUUGGUUCAAAAGGGGGAAACUUGAAAUACUUUGUGAUUGAAGUUCCAAAUUGUAGAUCACUUAUUGCACAGUGCGGUUUGUAAACCUACAUGAAGAGAUUGAAUUGCUCAGCCAUUUUUUUGAAUUAAAUUUUCAGCAGACUUUAUGCUGUUGUCAG